AUGUCUGUGGCGUACUCUUCCAGUAGGGUGUUGACAUGCCAUUACCCGAAGACUUCUCCUCUGCAUCGCUUCAAUGCCAAUAGCGAGAACCAUCGCUGCCAGGUGCUCCAUGUUUUCCAUCUUCCAGGGCCCGUAUCUCAUCAUCUUCAUGUGCUCUACCCCAUGCCUGAUGCCAACCUCCAAGUACCGCACCCAUGCAUUUUCGAAGCCGGCGAAUGUUCAAGACCGUUUCUGAAACGGCUCAGGAACCACGUUUCAUUUCUGUCGCCCCAAAUUAGCAUUGCUGCAUGCCUGGGAAUCGCGGUACAAGAGGGCUUACCAUGGGUAUCCACGGUCUACGCUUUCAUCGCUCCCAUGUCCAAGGAGAGUGGUAGAAUUCUUAUGGGCUGUCAGAUGGGAUACUGUUUCAAACAGAGACCGAUGUGA